AUAGAGUAAAUACAACCCUGGAUGUCUUAAAGUUACUGGACACAAUGUGUGAUCCUGUACCUGAGGUCAGGUACCCUCGUACUCCAGGAUACCGGCCGAAACCUGAGGACAGAUUUGGAAAUGCCUGGGCAUGGCGGUGUGACAUAGCUGGAGCACUCUCUGGAAAACUCUUUGGGAAGACAGUUGCCAUUAAAGACAACACAGCUGUGGCCGGAGUGCCCAUGUCAAAUGGAAGCCAACUUCUGGAGGGAUAUGUACCGGAAUAUGAUGCCUCAGUGGUGACCAGGAUACUGGAUGCUGGCGGGAGAAUCGUAGGCAAGUCAGCUUGUGAUGACUUUUGCUUUGGUGCUAUGGGCUUUUCUGCUGUGGAUGGCUACAUCAGCAAUCCUGUGAAUCCGAGGCAUCGUGUUGGUGGUUCCAGUAGCGGGUCUGCAGUCCUGGUGGCAACUGGACAAGUACAUCUGGCUAUAGGAGCUGAUCAGAGUGGUUCUGUUCGAGUCCCAGCAGCAUGGACUGGAACUGUUGGCUUGAAACCAACUUAUGGCAUUGUUCCCUACACAGGGGUUGUAUCAGUGGAACCUACCAUUGACCAUGUUGGACCUAUAACUCAAAAUGUCACAGACUGUGCCCUGUUUUUAGAGGUCAUUGCAGGCAGUGAUGGUUUGGAUGGCAGACAGGCCGUGAAUAUUGAAGUACCAGAGUACAGCAGAUUGCUGGAGGUUGAUAUGUCUGGAAAGGUAGUUGGAGUGCUACAGGAAGGGUUUGAGACUUGCACACAGGAAACACAGACAACUGUGAAAGAGUUUCUGGCAACAAUUGGGCAUGCUGGCUUUGUCAUGAAGGAUGUCUCAGUACCUCUACAUCUCCAUGCUCUGAGCCUCAUCACAGCUGUGACCAUGCAGGGAAGCCAAACUAUGUUUCAGAUGGGCU